AUGACUCUCCUCUUAGUGUGGUGUCUCCUGGCCCCCUGCCUGGUCUCCUUCCUCACCCAAACGUCUGCCUCUCCCCCGUUCCCCACGGCCUCUCCCCCGGCCUCGGCCCCAGCCUCUGUGUGCUCUCUGCAGAAUGACUUUGCGCCAGGGUUUGUGGCUGAGGGAGACUUUGUGAUUGGAGGGAUCUUUCCCCUGCACUACAACCAGGAGAUGCCUGGCCUUAACUACACCUACAAACCUGCAGCCAUCAGGUGUAACGGGUUUGACCCCAGAGCGUUCCGCUGGGCUCAGACCCUGAGGCUGGCCGUGGAGCAGAUCAACCAGAACCAGGAGUUUCUGCCCAACCACACGCUGGGGUACAAGAUCUUUGACUCGUGUGCCUAUCCUCUGACAGGCCAGAGGGCUGCCCUGGCCGUGCUGAACGGCCCCAGCCAGGCCCAGCCCUCUACCUGCUCUGGAGCCUCUCUCCUGGCCGUGGUGGGAGAAUCCGGCUCCGCUCAGUCCAUCGUGGUGUCUGGAAUCCUGGAGCCUUUCAGAAUCCCCAUGAUCAGCUACUUCUCAUCGUGUGCGUGCCUCAGCGACAGGAGGAAGUACCCCACGUUCUUCAGAGUCAUCCCCAACGAUGACUACCAGGUGAAAGCCAUUGCCCAGCUGCUGGUGCGUUUGGGGUGGAGGUGGGUGGGGGUGGUGCGGGGCAACCGUGCGUACGGACGCUUUGCCCUGCAGGGCCUUCUGAGGGAGCUGAGCGACACAGAGGUGUGCGUGGCCUACCAGGAGACGAUCCCCCUGCUGUAUGACAGAGACAAGGCCCUGGAGAUCAUGCAGGUCAUGCGUACCUCCAGAGCCAGGGUGGUGGUGGUGUUUUCGGCUGAGGGGGAGAUGACUCCCUUCCUCAGGGACUACAUGGAGCAGAAUAUCACAGGGAUCCAGUGGGUGGCCAGCGAGGCCUGGGUCACAGCCUCCGUCUUCACGGCCAGCGAGUACUACCCCUAUCUGGGGGGCACCAUAGGCUUCGGCAUCCGGCAAGGCUCCAUCCCCGGCCUGGAGGGCUACCUGCGUGAGGUGAACCCCCAGAGAUACCCCUCCAACCCCCUGGUGACAGAGCUGUGGGAGGCUCUCUACGGCUGCACCCCCUCUUCCUCCUUCUCCUCGCUCCCCCUCUGCACAGGACAGGAAGUUCUCCUGGAGCAGCACUCUGCCUACAUGAACACCUCCAGUCCCAGGGUGGCCUAUAACGUGUACAAGGCUGUGUACGCCAUCGCCCACUCUCUCCACAACCUCCUCAGCUGCCAGCCUGGUGCAGGGCCCUUCCUCAACCAGUCAUGUGCUCUCAGCAGCAACAUUCACCCCUGGCAGCUCCAGCACUAUCUCCAAGAAGUCGCCUUCUCCAUUUCGAACCAGCAGGUGAACUUUGACCUGAAAGGGGAUUCCAUUCCGUACUAUGACAUCCUCAACUGGCAGAGGGGCAGCGAUGGGAAGAUCGAGUUUGUCAACGUCGGCCUGUUCGACGGAACAAAGGAUUCUGGGAAGGAGCUGGUGAUCCAGGAGGAGGCGAUAGCAGUGGUGUCUGUGUGCAGCUCCAGCUGUGCUCCAGGAUCCAGGAAGGCUGUCCGUCAUGGGGAGCCUCUGUGCUGCUUUGACUGUGUACCAUGUGACAGCGGCAAGAUCAGUAAUCAGACAGAUUCUAUAGAGUGCACUGUUUGUCCUGAGGACUUCUGGUCGAACGACGAUGGCACCAGGUGCAUCCCCAAGACAGUGGAGUUCCUGUCCCACGACGCCAUGGGCUUGUCUCUGACGGUGAUCGCCGUAGUGGGAGCCUGUCUGACCAUAACUGUCCUGGGGGUCUUCCUCCACAACAGAAACACCCCCAUUGUCCGCAUCAACAACUCAGAGCUGAGUUUCUUCAUCCUGAUCUCCCUGACUCCCUGCUUCCUGUGUGCGCUGGUCUUUGUGGGGGAGCCCACUUCCUGGUCCUGCAUGCUGCGUCAGACGGCCUUCAGCAUCACCUUCUCCCUCUGCAUUUCCUGCAUCCUGGGCAAGACCCUGGUGGUCCUGGCUGCCUUCACCUCCACAAGGCCCGGUAACAACAUCAUGAGGUGGCUGGGGCCCAGGCAGCAGAGGGUCAUCAUCUUCAGCUGCACCCUGGUCCAGGUGAUCAUCUGUACAGUCUGGCUCAAAGACGCCCCUCCCUUCCCCUCCAGGAACUCCCAGUACCAAAGCUCCAAGAUCAUUCUAGAAUGCAGCGUGGGCUCCAGCCUGGCAUUCUGGUGCGUUCUGGGAUACAUCAGCCUCCUGGCCUGCCUGUGCUUCGUCUUGGCCUUCCUGGCCCGCAAGCUGCCCGGCAACUUCAACGAGGCCAAGUUCAUCACCUUCAGCAUGCUGAUCUUCUGCGCUGUGUGGGUAUCGUUCAUCCCGGCGUACGUCAGCUCUCCCGGGAAGUACGCUGACGCAGUGGAGACCUUUGCCAUCCUGGCCUCCAGUUACGGCCUGCUCUUCUGCCUGUUCCCUCCCAAGUGUUUCAUCAUCCUCCUGAGGCCUGAGCAGAACACCAAACAGCAUCUCAUGGGGAAGAAAUAA